AUGGAGCGAGAAAUAGAAAUGGUGCCUCUUGGGCCAACUGAAUCUCAGAAAAGUAGGCCGCCCGCGGAGCAAAAAGAUGGGACGCAACUGGGCAGGAACAUUUCAGUAGCGAGUGAUGGCAAGGCAAGAGGCAAGCUUCGCAUGGUUGCUAUUCUUACUGCUCUGUUCCUGUCCCUCUUCGUAGCAGCCCUAGACGCUACCAUCGUCGCAACAGCCGCACCGACAAUAUCCCGGGACCUCAACUCAGCAGCGGGCUAUACCUGGAUCGGCGGCGCCUUUCUCCUGGCCAACGCAGCUUCCGGUCCAAUAUGGGCUAAGCUCUCUGAUAUCUGGGGCCGGAAGCUCAUCGUACUAGCAGCUCUCGCCAUGUUCUUCGUUAGCUCUGCUGUAUGUGCUACUGCGAAGACGAUGGAGGCGUUGAUCAUCGGCCGCGCGUUUCAGGGCGCCGCGGGUGGAGGACUUAUUUUGUUGGUGCAUGUUUGCAUUAGUGAUUUGUUUAGCUUGAGGCAGAGGAGCUUGCUCAUGGGCUUCACUGAAGGUAUCUGGGCUCUGGCUGGAGGGGUUGGGCCAGUACUUGGUGGCGUGUUUGCGAGUUUGGUGUCGUGGCGAUGGUGUUUCUACAUCAACCUCCCAAUCAGUGGCUUCGCCGCCGUUCUUAUCAUUCUCUUUCUAGACAUCCAGCAUGAGCACACGUCUUUCAAGGAUGGCAUGAAGGCUAUCGACUGGUUUGGCAUGUUUACCUUCCUGGGCUGCACGCUCAUGAUACUUCUCGGGCUCGAUUUCGGUGGCGUGCUCUUUCCCUGGGGCUCAGCGAAGGUCAUAGCACUGCUUGUUGUUGGCGGCAUUAUGAUCUUUGCUUUUGUGUACAGCGAAGCUCGUGUGGCCAAGUACCCGCUCAUUCCUAUGACGCUGUUCCAGCGCAGAUCGAAUGUUGCGGCAUUUGCAGUGGCCUUCUUCCAUGGAUUCGUUUUCAUUGCAGGGGAGUACUACAUGCCGCUUUACUUCCAGGCCGUCUUAGAAGCAUCGCCUCUUCGCUCCGGUCUUCUGCUCCUCCCGUUCAUCGUUACAGGCGCCGUUGCUGGCGUGAUUGCCGGCGUAGUAAUCCACCGCACCGGACACUUUCACGAGAUUAUGUGGAUCGGUACCUUCUUCCUGACCGUCGGAUUUGGCCUCUUCAUCUCAUUCGACGCAUUCACGACCACAGCAAAAGCAGUCGGCUUCGUCAUGAUUGCCGGUCUCGGAUCGGGUAUCCUCUUUGAAGCACCGAUGCUAGCAGUCCAGAGUCAAGUCGAGCAGCGGGAUGUGGCGAGCGCGACCGCAACGAUAUCUUUUGUUCGAAACAUCGCACUCUCCAUAUCCACGAUCAUUGGCGGUACGAUAUUCCAAAACUCAAUGACGAACCGUGCGCCAUUCUUGCGAGCAGCAGGCCUCCCAGCGGAGCUGCUAGAUCAACUCGAUGGUGCCAGCGCCAUGGCCAACGUCAUGCUUCCCGGCAAGCUCGAAAAUCCGAUAUGGGAACGCGCUGCUAAGCAGGCGUUUGCGUAUGCAACGCGCAACAUGUGGAUUACAUAUACGGUUUUCGCAUUUCUCAGCUUUGUGGCGAGUUUGUUUGUUGAGGCAGCGCAUCUUGGGACUGAGCAUAUUGAGACUGUCACCGGGUUGAGGAAAGAGAAGGCACUGCCGGAGACCAACGAUUCAUGA